AAGAGAGCUCCACCUCUCUUCCAGGAUCCUCCUGUCACCCUACAUAAAACCUGUAGGAGAGACAGGUUUUGAAGCAUCUUCCCAUUUAUAGGGAAAGGGGUUAAGGAGACAAGGAUAUUUCAUUAAAAUGUCAAAAGAUUUAUCAGCAACACCUGAAAUCCCUAAAGAAGAUGGCAGACCCAAGUGGGACAAUAAGUUCCAGUAUAUCUUAAGCUGUAUCGGAUUUGCUGUUGGUCUGGGGAACGUGUGGCGAUUUCCAUACUUGUGUCAGAUACAUGGAGGCGGGGCUUUCCUGAUCCCAUACUUCAUUGCUCUUUUCUUCGAAGGAAUCCCACUGUUGCAUCUUGAAUUGGCCCUAGGACAGUACCUGAGGAAAGGCAGCAUCGGUGCCUGGAACACUAUUUCACCUUACCUUGGAGGUGUUGGUGUUGGUUCGUGGGUGGUGUCCAUUCUGGUGAGCUUAUACUACAACACUGUUUUAACCUGGGUGAUGUGGUAUCUCAUAAACUCCUUCCAAGAACCUCUUCCUUGGAGUAUUUGUCCUCUAAAUGCAAACAGAACAGGGUUCAAUAAAGAAUGUUAUGAAAGCACCGCAGUAAAUUAUUUUUGGUAUAGGAAGACUUUGAACAUAACACCUGAUAUCGCUGAGAGUGGCACCUUACAGUGGUGGCUCAUUUUGUGCUUAGCAACUUGCUGGGCAAUUGUCUAUCUCUGCACCAUCCGAGGAAUUGAAACCACAGGAAAGGCAAUUUACAUAACAGCAAUAUUUCCUUACCUGGUCCUGACUAUAUUCCUUAUUCAAGGACUCACUCUACCAGGAGCCACAGAUGGUCUGGCUUACCUCUUCACCCCUAAUCUGAACACUUUGAAAAAUCCCCGUGUAUGGCUUGAUGCAGCUACCCAGAUUUUCUUUUCUCUCUCUUUGGCUUUUGGAGGGCUUAUUGCAUUCUCAAGCUACAAUCUGCCAAAAAAUGACUGUGAAAAGGAUGCUGUGACAGUAGCAAUUGUGAAUAGCAUGACAUCCCUCUACGCUUCCAUCCCAGUCUUUUCUGUUUUGGGGUUUAAAGCAACCACAGCCUACUGGGACUGCUUGGACAGGAACAUUAUCAGUAUCAUUAAUGAAUUUGAUCUUCCGGAAGAGAGCAUCAUGCGACAAAACUAUACCUCCUGGAUUAGUUUCCUGAAUUCAUCACAUCCAGAAAAAAUUGCUGGACUCAAACUGAAGAGCUGUGACCUUCAAGAAUUUCUUGAUCAGAGUGUAUCAGGAACCGGCUUGGCUUUCAUCGUUUUCACUCAAGCUAUCAUUCUCAUGCCAGGCUCCCAGGCCUGGGCCAUCCUGUUUUUCAUAAUGUUGUUCAGCUUGGGCCUUUCUUCGAUGUUUGGAAACAUCGAGGGUGUCUUCACUCCUCUUCUAGAACUUCAAAUUGUAUCUAAAUCAACACCUAAAGAGUUGUUAUCUGGUAUAAUAUGUCUAAUUAGCUUCCUCAUUGCUCUGUGUUUUACACUGGGUUCAGGGAGUUACUGGAUUGACAUUUUUGACAGAUAUGCAGCCUCAGUGCCUCUUCUAGUCAUUGCUUUCUUUGAAGUAAUUGGAGUUGUGUAUGUCUACAAAAUUAAAAGGUUCAGUAAAGAUGUGAAAUGGAUGACUGGUCGAAAACUCAAUCUCUAUUGGCAAAUCACAUGGAGGUUUAUCAGCCCUCUGCUCCUGCUAAUUGUCUUCACGGCCUUUGUUACUCUUCAGAUGCUGAGGCCGCCAAGCUACACAGCCUGGAACCCUAAAUAUGAAAGCUUCCCCAUGAAAGAGGAGAAAGUUUAUCCACCUUGGGUACAGGCAAUCUGUGUGAUGUUAGCUGCCCUUCCCUGCAUGUGUGUACCUCUGGUAGCAUUCUUCCACCUGAUCAAACAAAAGUGCAGAAGCAAGGACACAAGCCUUGUAUCACCAGAAGUAUUUUCAUGUCAGGGGGCUAAUAGCAACUUUUCUCAUCCAAAAGAAUAAAUACCCAUUGUAUCUCUCUGCAAGCAAAAAUAAGCCUUUGUUAGGCAUGAUGAGCUGUCAUACGGGUAUCAUCAACCAACCUGGUAUAUGCAGUUCAUACACUUACAGCCAAUCACUAUUACUCUAUAAACAGUAGUGCUAUGUUUCCUUUAAUUUCAACCUAUUGCACUGCAGUUACAUUAAUAAAAUUGUCCCUCCUGCAUCCAGUCCUAAAUCCUGCACACUGACCUAGUACCAGCCCCAUUGCUUUAACCCUUUUUAUGCACAGGAGGUUGCUGCUGCAGCAGCUGUGUGAAGGGGAUAUUAAAUCUAAAAAAAAGAAAAAAACUAAAAAAAAUUAGGCUGCAAGAUAGAAAUCAUGCCCUCUCCCUCCAACUUAAGGUUGGACUUGAUGAUUUUGGAAGUCUUUUCCAACCUUAAUGAUUCUAUGAUUCUGUGAACUGGCCUGGACAGUAAGAUUCUCCUGAAGCAGUGAUGGGAAUAGAAACAGUGGCAUCCAAUCAGUCUACACCAAAUGAUGAAAAGCACACCGUGACUCUGCCUGCUAGAAAGAAAUGCACAGGGUAAACAGUCUGUGUGCACAGCAGUUGCCAGGCCAGAGCCUCCUGGCUCUUCCCCUAUGAGCAGUAUCACCUGCAAAAUGGUUAAGUGCCUGGGCUAUGCAUGUUUUUAUUUCUGAGAGCCAUGGACUUGGCCAAUGGUCUGCAUGAGAAUGUCCAGCAAUUCCCCAUGGUAGCCUGACAACAGCCCCAGCCUUUCAAGUCAAUAGAGGGGCAGGUAUCCCAGCACGGAAACACAGCUUCUGUCAACAGAAACCUCACAAGUCACAAAGGCCUAAGCAGGGUUCUUGAUGUUCUGCACCUAUGCACUGUAAAGCUUUUGACAAUGACAUGGAAGAUCUAAAUCGCUACUCUGCCUGUCGUAAAUAAAAUUUGAAAUGUUAUGAGUAAAAAAUGCUUCCAAAAAGAAUGAAUAACAAAAAAUAAAUUAAAUUUUGUGCAUGUAUUUGUAUAAAACCUGUGAAUACAUAAAUUAGAUUUUUUUACUAACUAAAGCAUAUACUUUAUAUUCAUGUCUCUGACUACAGAUGGGUAGAUGUUCAUUAAAAUCACAUAUGCAAGUAUAUGCAGCAGGUUUAAGUAUCUGGUCAGAGUUCUGUUGUUACACAAAAACACAUUCAAUCAAUGCAGACACAAGAUGAGAAAAUAAUUAAACUACAUACACAAGACUUUCAAGUCUACAAAUCCAUUUUGCAUCACUGGUGAUGCACUCAUAGACUUGUAGACUUUUGAGCUGCCCCUUCCCAUUCAGGAGAAGGGAGACUUUGUGGGUCACUGGACAUGCAGUUCAGCCUAGGACAGGACUCAGGGGGAAGACAAUUUUCAGCCCCAGCAACUACAAAUGAUAGCAGGGAAACACACUAUCUGAAGUUACUGUUUAGAUGCAGGAGGCAUGUAGAAAACGUGUUGAGCAACUCUCACAUGAACACUGUGUUUCUGUUGUCAGCACCCUUCUGAUGUGACCUCUACCCAAAUUCCUAUGCCAAAACUGUAGCCUUACUCCAGUAAAAUCAGUGCUACAACCUUCCCCUUCCUAUUCAUGUGAAGUACAGCAUCUUAUAAGUACUAUUUUCACUUGAAUUGCGUGACUGACUGUUACUUGGGGAAGGAUGUGCAUGCAAAUAUGUAACUGAAUGUUUGGAAGUCUUACACACUACAUGCUUUCUACUUCUGCUCA